AGCAGAGGUGGUUGGGCUCGAAGUGAGAGCUGGGAAGGGAAUUGGUCAGACAGACAAACAGAUUGAUUGGAUUUCCAGCGGUCCGAGCCAGGCUCGUUCAUCCCUUCGAUUUGCCCAGCAAAAAGAAAGCGCUGCAUCGCCUCUUGUCUUGUCAUCCUGCGGGCGGGAGCUGUUUGGCUCCGGCGCCGAGCGGCUCUUGUUGCCUGCUUGCGUCUUUCUUUGCACCAUGAAAGCGGUGAGUCCCGUCCGACACCCCAGCAGGAAAGCUCUGACUAGCGGCUGCUGUUGUGGAGGCGGCGGCGGCGGCGGCGGCGGCAGCAGCGGCGACGGAGGCGGCGGCGGCGAUCUGGCUGUGCGUUGCCUGGCCGAGCACGGCUGCUGCUACAAGGGGAGCCCCUCGCUGGGCGAGGAGCCCGCCACUCUGUGUCUUCAGUGCGACAUGAAUGACUGUUACAGCCGCCUUAGGAAGCUGGUGCCCACCAUUCCGCCCAACAAGCGGGUCAGCAAAGUGGAGAUCCUGCAGCAUGUGAUCGACUACAUCCUGGAUCUGCAGCUGGCCUUGGAGACGCACCCGGCUUUGCUCCGGCCGCCGCCGCCGCCGCCGCCCCCGUUGCACCCGGCAAGUUACCCAGGAGGGCCUCCCCGGACCCCGCUCACAGCGCUCAACACCGACCCGGCGGGUGCUGUUAAUAAGCAAGGAGAUAGUAUUUUGUGCCGCUGAACUGCACUUCCAAGGUGUGCAGCAAGCAGAUCCUGAGCCACAGAAGCAGAAAGACACAUUAGAGGAGGGAGGGGAAAAACAGAGAGAUGAAAAAAAAAACAACCACCAGCCACUAGGCUAAAGGAAAAAAAAAAAACCUCAACUACUCCAGAAUUCUUUCCAUACUUCCUUUAGAGUGAGAGAAAGAAUUUUUUUUUUCAAAACUUUGUACUUCAUAGCAUUUUUCACAUGACUCUUAACUUUUUUUUUUUUUUAGAUCAGAUGUGAAUUGUGUACAUGUCUAGGAGGGAGGGGAUUUAAAUCUUCAGUAUUGUGUGGUUUUCUGUUGGAUUGAAGAUCAAGGGCAAAACUGGAGUUUAGAAAAUAUAACUUUAAUGCGUUGAGCAGUUAAAAUCUGAAGCUUUACUAAUCUACCAGAGGCAUUGUAGAUAACUUUUGUUUCGGGCAUCUAUUGUUUAAAAUAGAUGAUUUUAUUGUUUCCUUGGGGAUUUUCUUCUCCCUGCAGGAUUGUUACAUAUUGUAUAGAUUAAAAUGAGUGACAUUUCAUACUAUGUAUAUAGAGAGAGCUUCUAUAAGUGUGAGAAAAGUUUAUGCUUUAAUAGACCGACUGUAAUUAUGAAAUAUUUUUAAUUAAAUAUUUUUUGUAAAUA